AUGUUAGAACAAUUAUCUGCUGCUGGCUUUAUGAGUCUAAAGUUCUUACAAGUCAAAAAGCCGAUUUUCUUUAAGCAACAGAGCAUAGUUAUCGAUGUGAUAUAGCAUAAGAAUACUGUUAGCAUGAUAUUCUAUACUUCAAUUAUAGUAUUUUGAG